AUGUGGAGGAUCAUCUGCCUUAUAAUUACUUUUCUAACGGCCGGUUAUGGUUCUCCUAAUUCAUCUGACAAUACGUCUAAAGCUUUUCCAUUGGAACACGAUUUAGGCAAAUGUACUACUCCUAACGAAAGUGGAAGACCAGAAUGUGGUGGUAAGACAAUCGUAACGACAACAUCGCCGCCUACAAGUAAGAGAAUACCCCUUUGCUAUAGAAAAAAACUGAUUACUUUUCUGGAUAAUGUUCCAUCUAAAAUAACUAAAGUAUCCUCCUACCAAACUAGUACAACAAGUGCACACAAAACUGAAAUAGAUGUAAAAACUACUACCUCAAGUGGACUGAUUAUGCCAACGAAAGUAGAGUGUAUUAAAGAAGGUUUCAUAGAACAUCCUACAGACUGUGCAAAAUAUUACAUGUGUCUUGCGCGUAUCAAUAAUACAUUUGAAAUCUUUGCAAUGACAUGCAAAGACGGGACAAUAUGGGAUCGAGAAAAACAAAUCUGUAAUUAUCCUGAAAAAAUACGGAACCCCCGUUGUGGUCCAUAUACUACAGAUAAACCAAUAACUAUAAGUACAGAAAACAUUACCGAAACAACAGAGCAUUCUACACGAAACCUAAUAACUGAAAUUCUUACAUCAUCGCCGGUUGAACAAUCGACACUGGGAACUCCAACGAUAAAACCAUCCACAGGUUUAUUAACAAGUAUGAAUACCCAACCUUCUACUAUCACAGAUGAGUUCUCUACAUUUACAACAGAAACAAAUACAGGAACGACGUCAUCCGUUGAGGCGUCUACAGAAUUAACCGAUAAAACAAGCUCUGGAACUGUCACUGAAUCCCAACAAACCUCAACGACUACCACUGACAAAGAGACAGUGGCUCCUUCGUCCGUUGAAACUACCACAGAUCAGUUGUUAAGUACAACUACAUCAUCUAGUACUACCACUGAAGAGGUUUCUACGUUAACAUCACAAACAGAAACAGGAAUGUCAUCAUCCAUUGAUGUGUCUACAGAAUUAACAGAUGAAACAAACUCUGGAACUGUUACUGAAACCCAACAAUCGUCGAUGUCCACCAUUGAUAAAGAGAUAGUUACUCUUUCGUCCGUUCAACCUACCACUGAUCUGUUGUUAAGUACAAUUACAUCACCUAGCACUGUCACAGAUGAGGGUUCUACACUUACAUCAAACACAGAAACAGGAGCGUCGUCAUCAGUUGAGGCAUCUACAGAAUUAACAGAUGAAACAAGCACUGAAACUGUCUCUGAAUCCGAACCAACCUCAACGACUACCACUGACAAAGAGACAGUCGCUCCUUCGUCCGAUGAAACUACCACAGAUCAGUUGUUAAGUACAACUACAUCAUCUAGUACUACCACUGAAGAGGUUUCUACGUUAACAUCACAAACAGAAACAGGAAUGUCAUCAUCCAUUGAUGUGUCUACAGAAUUAACAGAUGAAACAAGCUCUGGAACCGUCACUGAAACCCAACAAUCAUCGACGCCUACCACUGACAAAGAGACAGUUGCUACUUCGUCCGUUGAAACGACCACUGAUCUGUUGUUAAGUACAACUACAUCAUCUAGAACUAUCACUGAUGAGGUAUCUACGUUAACAUCACAAACAGAAACAGGAAAGUCAUCAUCCAUUGAAGUGUCUACAGAAUUAACAGAUGAAACAAGCUCUGGAACUGUUACUGAAUCCCAACAAUCUUCGACGUCUACCACGGACAAAGAGAUAGUUACUCCUACGUCCGUUCAACCAACCACUGAUUUGCUGUUAAGUACAACUACAUCACCUAGCACUGUCACAGACGAGGUUUCUACGUUAACAUCACGAACGGAAACAGGAAAGUCAUCAUCCAUUGAAGUGUCCACAGAAUUAACAGAUGAAACAAGCUCUGGAACUGUUACUGAAUCCCAACAAUCUUCGACGUCUACCACUGACAAAGAGACAGUUACUACUUCGUCCGUUCAACCUUCCACUGAUCUGUUGUUAAGUACUUCUACAUCUCCUAGAACUGUCACAGAUGAGGUUUCUACGUUAACAUCACGAACGGAAACAGGAAAGUCAUCAUCCAUCGAAGUGUCCACAGAAUUAACAGAUGAAACAAGCUCUGGAACUGUCACUGAAACCCAACAAUCAUCGACGCCUACCACUGACAAAGAGACAGUUGCUACUUCGUCCGUUGAAACGACCACUGAUCUGUUGUUAAGUACAACUACAUCAUCUAGAACUAUCACUGAUGAGGUAUCUACGUUAACAUCACAAACAGAAACAGGAAAGUCAUCAUCCAUUGAAGUGUCCACAGAAUUAACAGAUGAAACAAGCUCUGGAACUGUUACUGAAUCCCAACAAUCUUCGACGUCUACCACGGACAAAGAGAUAGUUACUCCUUCGUCUGUUCAACCUACCACUGAUCUGCUGUUAAGUACUACAUCACCUAGCAAUGUCCCAGAUGAGGUUUCUACGUUAACGUCACAAACGGAAACAGGAAAGUCAUCUUCCAUUGAAGUGUCUACAGAAUUAACAGAUGAAACAAGCUCUGGAACUGUUACUGAAUCCCAACAAUCUUCGACGUCUACCACUGACAAAGAGAUAGUAACUCCUUCGUCCGUUCAACCUUCCACUGUUCUGUUGUUAAGUACAACUACAUCAGGUAGCACUGUCACAGAUAAGGUUUCUACGUUAACGUCACAAACGGAAACAGGAAAGUCAUCUUCCAUUGAAGUGUCUACAGAAUCAACAGAUGAAACAAGCUCUGGAACUGUUACUGAAACCCAACAAUCUUCGACGUCUACCACUGACAAAGAGAUAGUUACUCCUUCGUCCGUUCAACCUUCCACUGAUCUGUUGUUAAGUACUUCUACAUCUCCUAGCACUGUCACAAAUGAGGUUUCUACGUUAACGUCACAAACGGAAACAGGAAAGUCAUCUUCCAUUGAAGUGUCUACAGAAUCAACAGAUGAAACAAGCUCUGGAACUGUUACUGAAACCCAACAAUCUUCGACGUCUACCACUGACAAAGAGAUAGUUACUCCUUCGUCCGUUCAACCUUCCACUGAUCUGUUGUUAAGUACUUCUACAUCUCCUAGCACUGUCACAAAUGAGGUUUCUACGUUAACAUCACGAACGGAAACAGGAAAGUCAUCAUCCAUUGAAGUGUCCACAGAAUUAACAGAUGAAACAAGCUCUGGAACUGUUACCGAAACCCAACAAUCUUCGACGUCUACCACUGACAAAGAGAUAGUUACUCCUUCGUCUGUUCGACCUACCACUGAUCUGCUGUUAAGUACAACUACAUCAGCUAGCACUGUCACAGAUAAGGUUUCUACGUUAACGUCACAAACGGAAACAGGAAAGUCAUCUUCCAUUGAAGUGUCUACAGAAUUAACAGAUGAAACAAGCUCUAGAACUGUUACUGAAUCCCAACAAUCUUCGACAUCUACCACUGACAAAGAGAUAGUUACUCCUUCAUCCGUUCAACCUACCACUGAUCUGCUGUUAAGUACAACUACAUCAGCUAGCACUGUCACAGAUAAGGUUUCUACGUUAACGUCACAAACGGAAACAGGAAAGUCAUCAUCCAUUGAAGUGUCUACAGAAUUAACAGAUGAAACAAGCUCUGGAACUGUCACUGAAUCCCAACAAACCUCAACGACUAGCACUGACAAAGAGAAAGUGGCUCCUUCGUCCGUUCAACCUUCCACUGAUCUGCUGUUAAGUACUACAUCACCUAGCAAUGUCACAGAUGAGGUUUCUACGUUAACGUCACAAACGGAAACAGGAAAGUCAUCUUCCAUUGAAGUGUCUACAGAAUUAACAGAUGAAACAAGCUCUGGAACUGUUACUGAAUCCCAACAAACCUCAACGACUAGCACUGACAAAGAGAAAGUGGCUCCUUCGUCCGUUCAACCUUCCACUGAUCUGCUGUUAAGUACUACAUCACCUAGCAAUGUCACAGAUGAGGUUUCUACGUUAACGUCACAAACGGAAACAGGAAAGUCAUCUUCCAUUGAAGUGUCUACAGAAUUAACAGAUGAAACAAGCUCUGGAACUGUUACUGAAACCCAACAAUCUUCGACGUCUACCACGGACAAAGAGAUAGUUACUCCUACGUCCGUUCAACCAACCACUGAUUUGCUGUUAAGUACAACUACAUCACCUAGCACUGUCACAGACGAGGUUUCUACGUUAACAUCACAAACAGAAACAGGGACGUCGUCAUCCAUUGAAGUGUCUACAGAAUUAACAGAUGAAACAAGCUCUGGAACCGUCACUGAAACCCAACAAUCAUCGACGCCUACCACUGACAAAGAGACAGUUGCUACUUCGUCUGUUGAAACGACCACUGAUCUGUUGUUAAGUACAACUACAUCAUCUAGAACUAUCACUGAUGAGGUAUCUACGUUAACAUCACAAACAGAAACAGGAAAGUCAUCAUCCAUUGAAGUGUCUACAGAAUUAACAGAUGAAACAAGCUCUGGAACUGUUACUGAAUCCCAACAAUCUUCGACGUCUACCACGGACAAAGAGAUAGUUACUCCUACGUCCGUUCAACCUACCACUGAUUUGCUGUUAAGUACAACUACAUCACCUAGCACUGUCACAGACGAGGUUUCUACGUUAACAUCACAAACGGAAACAGGAAAGUCAUCAUCCAUUGAAGUGUCUACAGAACUAACAGAUGAAACAAGCUCUGGAACUGUUACUGAAACCCAACAAUCGUCGACGUCUACCACGGACAAAGAGAUAGUUACUCCUACGUCCGUUCAACCUACCACUGAUUUGCUGUUAAGUACAACUACAUCACCUAGCACUGUCACAGACGAGGUUUCUACGUUAACAUCACAAACGGAAACAGGAAAGUCAUCAUCCAUUGAAGUGUCUACAGAACUAACAGAUGAAACAAGCUCUGGAACUGUUACUGAAACCCAACAAUCGUCGACGUCUACCACUGACAAAGAAAUAGUUACUCCUUCGUCCGUUCGACCUACCACUGAUCUGCUGUUAAGUACAACUACAUCAGCUAGCACUGUCACAGAUAAGGUUUCUACGUUAACGUCACAAACGGAAACAGGAAAGUCAUCUUCCAUUGAAGUGUCUACAGAAUUAACAGAUGAAACAAGCUCUGGAACUGUUACUGAAACCCAACAAUCUUCGACGUCUACCACGGACAAAGAGAUAGUUACUCCUACGUCCGUUCAACCAACCACUGAUUUGCUGUUAAGUACAACUACAUCACCUAGCACUGUCACAGACGAGGUUUCUACGUUAACGUCACAAACGGAAACAGGAAAGUCAUCAUCCAUUGAAGUGUCUACAGAAUUAACAGAUGAAACAAGCUCUGGAACUGUCACUGAAUCCCAACAAACCUCAACGACUAGCACUGACAAAGAGAAAGUGGCUCCUUCGUCCGUUCAACCUUCCACUGAUCUGCUGUUAAGUACUACAUCACCUAGCAAUGUCACAGAUGAGGUUUCUACGUUAACGUCACAAACGGAAACAGGAAAGUCAUCUUCCAUUGAAGUGUCUACAGAAUUAACAGAUGAAACAAGCUCUGGAACUGUUACUGAAACCCAACAAUCUUCGACGUCUACCACGGACAAAGAGAUAGUUACUCCUACGUCCGUUCAACCAACCACUGAUUUGCUGUUAAGUACAACUACAUCACCUAGCACUGUCACAGACGAGGUUUCUACGUUAACAUCACAAACAGAAACAGGGACGUCGUCAUCCAUUGAAGUGUCUACAGAAUUAACAGAUGAAACAAGCUCUGGAACCGUCACUGAAACCCAACAAUCAUCGACGCCUACCACUGACAAAGAGACAGUUGCUACUUCGUCUGUUGAAACGACCACUGAUCUGUUGUUAAGUACAACUACAUCAUCUAGAACUAUCACUGAUGAGGUAUCUACGUUAACAUCACAAACAGAAACAGGAAAGUCAUCUUCCAUUGAAGUGUCCACAGAAUUAACAGAUGAAACAAGCUCUGGAACUGUUACUGAAUCCCAACAAUCUUCGACGUCUACCACUGACAAAGAGAUAGUUACUCCUUCGUCCGUUCAACCUUCCACUGAUCUGUUGUUAAGUACUUCUACAUCUCCUAGAACUGUCACAGAUGAGGUUUCUACGUUAACAUCACGAACGGAAACAGGAAAGUCAUCAUCCAUUGAAGUGUCCACAGAAUUAACAGAUGAAACAAGCUCUGGAACUGUUACCGAAACCCAACAAUCUUCGACGUCUACCACUGACAAAGAGAUAGUUACUCCUUCGUCUGUUCGACCUACCACUGAUCUGCUGUUAAGUACAACUACAUCAGCUAGCACUGUCACAGAUAAGGUUUCUACGUUAACGUCACAAACGGAAACAGGAAAGUCAUCAUCCAUUGAAGUGUCUACAGAAUUAACAGAUGAAACAAGCUCUGGAACUGUCACUGAAUCCCAACAAACCUCAACGACUAGCACUGACAAAGAGAAAGUGGCUCCUUCGUCCGUUCAACCUUCCACUGAUCUGUUAUUAAGUUCAACUACAUCAUCUAGUAUUAUCACUGAUAAGGUUUCUACGUUAACAUCACAAACAGAAACAGGAAAGUCAUCAUCCAUCGAAGUGUCCACAGAAUUAACAGAUGAAACAAGCUCUGGAACUGUUACUGAAACCCAACAAUCUUCGACGUCUACUACGGACAAAGAGAUAGUUACUCCUUCAUCCGUUCAACCUUCCACUGAUCUGUUGUUAACUACUUCUACAUCUCCUAGCACUGUCACAAAUGAGGUUUCUACGUUAACAUCACGAACGGAAACAGGAAAGUCUUCAUCCAUUGAAGUGUCCACAGAAUUAACAGAUGAAACAAGCUCUGGAACUGUUACCGAAACCCAACAAUCUUCGACGUCUACCACUGACAAAGAGAUAGUUACUCCUUCGUCUGUUCAACCUACCACUGAUCUGCUGUUAAGUACAACUACAUCAGCUAGCACUGUCACAGAUAAGGUUUCUACGUUAACGUCACAAACGGAAACAGGAAAGUCAUCUUCCAUUGAAGUGUCCACAGAAUUAACAGAUGAAACAAGCUCUGGAACUGUAACUGAAAGCCAACAAUCUUCGACGUCUACCACGGACAAAGAGAUAGUUACUCCUUCGUCUGUUCGACCUACCACUGAUCUGCUGUUAAGUACAACUACAUCAGCUAGCACUGUCACAGAUAAGGUUCCUACGUUAACGUCACAAACGGAAACAGGAAAGUCAUCUUCCAUUGAAGUGUCCACAGAAUUAACAGAUGAAACAAGCUCUGGAACUGUUACUGAAUCCCAACAAUCUUCGACGUCUACCACUGACAAAGAGAUAGUUACUCCUUCGUCCGUUCAACCUUCCACUGAUCUGUUGUUAAGUACUUCUACAUCUCCUAGAACUGUCACAGAUGAGGUUUCUACGUUAACAUCACGAACGGAAACACGAAAGUCAUCAUCCAUUGAAGUGUCUACAGAAUUAACAGAUGAAACAAGCUCUGGAACUGUUACUGAAUCCCAACAAUCAUCGACGCCUACCACUGAAAAAGAGACAGUUGCUACUUCGUCCGUUGAAACGACCACUGAUCUGUUGUUAAGUACAACUACAUCAUCUAGAACUAUCACUGAUGAGGUAUCUACGUUAACAUCACAAACAGAAACAGGAAAGUCAUCAUCCAUUGAAGUGUCUACAGAAUUAACAGAUGAAACAAGCUCUGGAACUGUUACUGAAUCCCAACAAUCUUCGACGUCUACCACGGACAAAGAGAUAGUUACUCCUUCGUCUGUUCAACCUACCACUGAUCUGCUGUUAAGUACUACAUCACCUAGCAAUGUCCCAGAUGAGGUUUCUACGUUAACGUCACAAACGGAAACAGGAAAGUCAUCAUCCAUUGAAGUGUCUACAGAAUUAACAGAUGAAACAAGCUCUGGAACUGUUACUGAAACCCAACAAUCGUCGACGUCUACCACGGACAAAGAGAUAGUUACUCCUUCGUCUGUUCGACCUACCACUGAUCUGCUGUUAAGUACAACUACAUCAGCUAGCACUGUCACAGAUAAGGUUUCUACGUUAACGUCACAAACGGAAACAGGAAAGUCAUCUUCCAUUGAAGUGUCCACAGAAUUAACAGAUGAAACAAGCUCUGGAACUGUUACUGAAUCCCAACAAUCUUCGACGUCUACCACUGACAAAGAGAUAGUUACUCCUUCGUCCGUUCAACCUUCCACUGAUCUGUUGUUAAGUACUUCUACAUCUCCUAGAACUGUCACAGAUGAGGUUUCUACGUUAACAUCACGAACGGAAACAGGAAAGUCAUCAUCCAUCGAAGUGUCCACAGAAUUAACAGAUGAAACAAGCUCUGGAACUGUCACUGAAACCCAACAAUCAUCGACGCCUACCACUGACAAAGAGACAGUUGCUACUUCGUCCGUUGAAACGACCACUGAUCUGUUGUUAAGUACAACUACAUCAUCUAGAACUAUCACUGAUGAGGUAUCUACGUUAACAUCACAAACAGAAACAGGAAAGUCAUCAUCCAUUGAAGUGUCUACAGAAUUAACAGAUGAAACAAGCUCUGGAACUGUUACUGAAUCCCAACAAUCUUCGACGUCUACCACGGACAAAGAGAUAGUUACUCCUUCGUCUGUUCAACCUACCACUGAUCUGCUGUUAAGUACUACAUCACCUAGCAAUGUCCCAGAUGAGGUUUCUACGUUAACGUCACAAACGGAAACAGGAAAGUCAUCAUCCAUUGUAGUGUCUACAGAAUUAACAGAUGAAACAAGCUCUGGAACUGUUACUGAAACCCAACAAUCGUCGACGUCUACCACUGACAAAGAAAUAGUUACUCCUUCGUCCGUUCAACCUUCCACUGAUCUGUUGUUAAGUUCAACUACAUCUCCUAGCACUGUCACAGAUGAGGUUUCUACGUUAACAUCGCAAACAGAAAUAGGAACUUCGUCAUCCAUUGAAAUGUCUACAGAAUUAACAGAUGAAACAAGCUCUGGAACUGUUACUGAAACCCAACAAUCUUCGACGUCUACCACUGACAAAGAGAUAGUUACUCCUUCGUCCGUUCAACCUUCCACUGAUCUGUUGUUAAGUACUUCUACAUCUCCUAGCACUGUCACAAAUGAGGUUUCUACGUUAACAUCACGAACGGAAACAGGAAAGUCAUCAUCCAUUGAAGUGUCCACAGAAUUAACAGAUGAAACAAGCUCUGGAACUGUUACCGAAACCCAACAAUCUUCGACGUCUACCACUGACAAAGAGAUAGUUACUCCUUCGUCUGUUCGACCUACCACUGAUCUGCUGUUAAGUACAACUACAUCAGCUAGCACUGUCACAGAUAAGGUUUCUACGUUAACGUCACAAACGGAAACGGGAAAGUCAUCUUCCAUUGAAGUGUCUACAGAAUUAACAGAUGAAACAAGCUCUGGAACUGUUACUGAAAGCCAACAAUCUUCGACGUCUACCACGGACAAAGAGAUAGUUACUCCUUCGUCUGUUCGAUCUACCACUGAUCUGCUGUUAAGUACAUCUACAUCAGCUAGCACUGUCACAGAUGAGGUUUCUACGUUAACAUCACGAACGGAAACAGGAAAGUCAUCAUCCAUCGAAGUGUCCACAGAAUUAACAGAUGAAACAAGCUCUGGAACUGUCACUGAAACCCAACAAUCAUCGACGCCUACCACUGACAAAGAGACAGUUGCUACUUCGUCCGUUGAAACGACCACUGAUCUGUUGUUAAGUACAACUACAUCAUCUAGAACUAUCACUGAUGAGGUAUCUACGUUAACAUCACAAACAGAAACAGGAAAGUCAUCAUCCAUUGAAGUGUCUACAGAAUUAACAGAUGAAACAAGCUCUGGAACUGUUACUGAAUCCCAACAAUCUUCGACGUCUACCACGGACAAAGAGAUAGUUACUCCUUCGUCUGUUCAACCUACCACUGAUCUGCUGUUAAGUACUACAUCACCUAGCAAUGUCCCAGAUGAGGUUUCUACGUUAACGUCACAAACGGAAACAGGAAAGUCAUCAUCCAUUGUAGUGUCUACAGAAUUAACAGAUGAAACAAGCUCUGGAACUGUUACUGAAACCCAACAAUCGUCGACGUCUACCACUGACAAAGAAAUAGUUACUCCUUCGUCCGUUCAACCUUCCACUGAUCUGUUGUUAAGUUCAACUACAUCUCCUAGCACUGUCACAGAUGAGGUUUCUACGUUAACAUCGCAAACAGAAAUAGGAACGUCGUCAUCCAUUGAAAUGUCUACAGAAUUAACAGAUGAAACAAGCUCUGGAACUGUUACUGAAACCCAACAAUCUUCGACGUCUACCACUGACAAAGAGAUAGUUACUCCUUCGUCCGUUCAACCUUCCACUGAUCUGUUGUUAAGUACUUCUACAUCUCCUAGCACUGUCACAAAUGAGGUUUCUACGUUAACAUCACGAACGGAAACAGGAAAGUCAUCAUCCAUUGAAGUGUCCACAGAAUUAACAGAUGAAACAAGCUCUGGAACUGUUACCGAAACCCAACAAUCUUCGAUGUCUACUACGGACAAAGAGAUAGUUACUCCUACAUCCGUUCAACCUACCACUGAUCUGCUGUUAAGUACUACAUCUCCUAGCACUGUCACAGAUGAGGUUUCUACGUUAACAUCACGAACGGAAACAGGAAAGUCAUCAUCCAUUGAAGUGUCCACAGAAUUAACAGAUGAAACAAGCUCUGGAACUGUUACUGAAUCCCAACAAUCUUCGACUUCUACCACUGACAAAGAGACAGUUACUACUUCGUCCGUUCAACCUUCCACUGAUCUGUUGUUAAGUACUUCUACAUCUCCUAGAACUGUCACAGAUGAGGUUUCUACGUUAACAUCACGAACGGAAACAGGAAAGUCAUCAUCCAUCGAAGUGUCCACAGAAUUAACAGAUGAAACAAGCUCUGGAACCGUCACUGAAACCCAACAAUCAUCGACGCCUACCACUGACAAAGAGACAGUUGCUACUUCGUCCGUUGAAACGACCACUGAUCUGUUGUUAAGUACAACUACAUCAUCUAGAACUAUCACUGAUGAGGUAUCUACGUUAACAUCACAAACAGAAACAGGAAAGUCAUCAUCCAUUGAAGUGUCUACAGAAUUAACAGAUGAAACAAGCUCUGGAACUGUUACUGAAUCCCAACAAUCUUCGACUUCUACCACUGACAAAGAGACAGUUACUACUUCGUCCGUUCAACCUUCCACUGAUCUGUUGUUAAGUACUUCUACAUCUCCUAGAACUGUCACAGAUAAGGUUUCUACGUUAACAUCACAAACAGAAACAGGAAAGUCAUCAUCCAUUGAAGUGUCUACAGAAUUAACAGAUGAAACAAGCUCUGGAACUGUCACUGAAUCCCAACAAACCUCAACGACUAGCACUGACAAAGAGAAAGUGGCUCCUUCGUCCGUUCAACCUUCCACUGAUCUGUUAUUAAGUUCAACUACGUCAUCUAGUAUUAUCACUGAUAAGGUUUCUACGUUAACAUCACAAACAGAAACAGGAAAGUCAUCAUCCAUCGAAGUGUCCACAGAAUUAACAGAUGAAACAAGCUCUGGAACUGUUACCGAAACCCAACAAUCUUCGAUGUCUACUACGGACAAAGAGAUAGUUACUCCUACAUCCGUUCAACCUACCACUGAUCUGCUGUUAAGUACUACAUCUCCUAGCACUGUCACAGAUGAGGUUUCUACGUUAACAUCACGAACGGAAACAGGAAAGUCAUCAUCCAUUGAAGUGUCCACAGAAUUAACAGAUGAAACAAGCUCUGGAACUGUUACUGAAUCCCAACAAUCUUCGACUUCUACCACUGACAAAGAGACAGUUACUACUUCGUCCGUUCAACCUUCCACUGAUCUGUUGUUAAGUACUUCUACAUCUCCUAGAACUGUCACAGAUGAGGUUUCUACGUUAACAUCACGAACGGAAACAGGAAAGUCAUCAUCCAUCGAAGUGUCCACAGAAUUAACAGAUGAAACAAGCUCUGGAACCGUCACUGAAACCCAACAAUCAUCGACGCCUACCACUGACAAAGAGACAGUUGCUACUUCGUCCGUUGAAACGACCACUGAUCUGUUGUUAAGUACAACUACAUCAUCUAGAACUAUCACUGAUGAGGUAUCUACGUUAACAUCACAAACAGAAACAGGAAAGUCAUCAUCCAUUGAAAUGUCUACAGAAUUAACAGAUGAAACAAGCUCUGGAACUGUUACUGAAUCCCAACAAUCUUCGACGUCUACCACGGACAAAGAGAUAGUUACUCCUACGUCCGUUCAACCUACCACUGAUUUGCUGUUAAGUACAACUACAUCACCUAGCACUGUCACAGACGAGGUUUCUACGUUAACAUCACGAACGGAAACAGGAAAGUCUUCAUCCAUUGAAGUGUCCACAGAAUUAACAGAUGAAACAAGCUCUGGGACUGUUACCGAAACCCAACAAUCUUCGACGUCUACCACUGACAAAGAGAUAGUUACUCCUUCGUCUGUUCAACCUACCACUGAUCUGCUGUUAAGUACAACUACAUCAGCUAGCACUGUCACAGAUAAGGUUUCUACGUUAACGUCACAAACGGAAACAGGAAAGUCAUCUUCCAUUGAAGUGUCCACAGAAUUAACAGAUGAAACAAGCUCUGGAACUGUUACCGAAACCCAACAAUCUUCGACGUCUACCACUGACAAAGAGAUAGUUACUCCUUCGUCUGUUCGACCUACCACUGAUCUGCUGUUAAGUACAACUACAUCAGCUAGCACUGUCACAGAUAAGGUUUCUACGUUAACGUCACAAACGGAAACAGGAAAGUCAUCAUCCAUUGAAGUGUCUACAGAAUUAACAGAUGAAACAAGCUCUGGAACUGUUACUGAAUCCCAACAAUCGUCGACGUCUACCACUGACAAAGAAAUAGUUACUCCUUCGUCCGUUCAACCUUCCACUGAUCUGUUGUUAAGUUCAACUACAUCAUCUAGUAUUAUCACUGAUAAGGUUUCUACGUUAACGUCACAAACGGAAACAGGAAAGUCAUCUUCCAUUGAAGUUUCAACAGAAUUAACAGAUGAAACAAGCUCUGGAACUGUUACUGAAUCCCAACAAUCUUCGACGUCUACCACUGACAAAGAGAUAGUAACUUCUACAUCCGUUCAACCUACCACUGAUCUGCUGUUAAGUACUACAUCUCCUAGCACUGUCACAGAUGAGGUUUCUACGUUAACAUCACAAACAGAAAUAGGAACGUCGUCAUCCAUUGAAGUAUCUACAGAAUUAACAGAUGAAACAAGCUCUGGAACUGUUACUGAAACCCAACAAUCUUCGACGUCUACCACGGACAAAGAGAUAGUUACUCCUUCGUCUGUUCAACCUACCACUGAUCUGCUGUUAAGUACUACAUCACCUAGCAAUGUCACAGAUGAGGUUUCUACGUUAACGUCACAAACGGAAACAGGAAAGUCAUCUUCCAUUGAAGUGUCUACAGAAUUAACAGAUGAAACAAGCUCUGGAACUGUUACUGAAUCCCAACAAUCUUCGACAUCUACCACUGACAAAGAGAUAGUUACUCCUUCAUCCGUUCAACCUACCACUGAUCUGCUGUUAAGUACAACUACAUCACCUAGCACUGUCACAGAUGAGGUUUCUACGUUAACAUCACUAACAGAAACGGGGACGACGUCAUCCGUAGAGGUGUCUACAGAAUUAACAGAUGAAACAAGCUCUGGAACUGUCACAGAAACUCAUCAGACCUCAAGGACUACAAUGGACAAAGAGACAUUUGCACCUCCGUCGGUUCAAACAAACAACGAUCUAUUGUUAAGUACAACUAAAUUACCAGCCACUGUCACAGAUAAGGUUUCUACACUUACAUCAGUAACAGAAACAGGAAUGUCGUCAUCCGUUGUGGCGUCUACAGAAUUAACACAUGAAACAAACUCUGAAACUGUCACGGAUAAUCAACAGUCCUCCACAUUUACAACUGACAAAGAGACAGUUGCUUCUUCGUCGUUUGAUACAUCCACAGAUCUAUUGACAAGGUCGAGUACUCAUGGUUAUUCUGAAAGUCCCGAAGUUCCUACGACUACAUUAGAGACAGAAAUUGGAAAGUCGUCAUCUAUUCCUCCAUCUACACACGUACUAGUUGUUACACUUAAUAAUACUGUCACUGAAUAUCCUGUGCUCUCUACAAGUACCGAACACAAUGGAUCGGUUGGUCCUUCAUCGGUUGAACCAUCAACAUAUUUUCCAACAGUAUCUAAUACCAUCCUUGUUACUUAUCCUGUGGAGCCAUCAACAAAUUCUCCAAUAUCUGUAUCUUGGUCUUCUUCCUCCAUUAGUUCAUCGUCGGAUCCUUCUAUAGGUACGAGUACUGAGCCUGGUACCGGAAGAACAGUGCUUUCUACACGUAUUCCUUCAACUGAAUUUGUCACGCCCACAUCUGCUGAAUCUUCGACCGAUUUUAUUACUGAUACAUCUACUGAAAUUGUAUCUUCUUCUAUAAUAUCUUCUACUAUCUCUGUGAAACUUCCAUCUACUUCAAAAUCUCCUAUGGAUAAGACAGAAUGCAAAACUUCUGGCUUUUUCCCUAAUCCAAAUGAUUGCUCUAAGUUCUUCAGAUGUGUUCAAGUUAACCUUUUCAAUAUGUUUACUAGAUUCGAUUUCGUUUGUCCCGACGGAACUGUUUGGGAUCAAGCAUUGUUAACCUGCAAUUAUCCUUCAGCUGUAUUACAUUCCAAUUGUAAGAAUAGUGUAUUACAUCCAUCAGAUAUUGAUGAUGAGCCUGAUAUGGCAGAAGGCAAUAACAUGUGUCCUAUUGGAAAAUUGUCUGGUGAUCAAAUCGCUCUUGUUUGUCCUACCGGUUUUCGAAGACAUCCUAAGUAUUGUAAUAUUUUCUAUCAAUGCACAUCUAAAAGUAAUUUGGACGUGAAUAUUGCCAUGUUUGCAUGCCCUGAUGGUAUGAUUUACGAUCAAGGUAAAAUGCAAUGUGUUUUCGCAGAUGUGCUUAAUUACCGUAUAUUAGGAUGUAAAAAUGUUCUUAUAAAUCCAGUGGAUAACCUAGUUCCUAUCUUGACCGUUCCGUCUACACAACUGUGUCCAUCCGAAGGCUCGUUCCCGUAUCAUCCAGGUUGCUCAAAUGCAUACUUCAAAUGUAAACGCAAUCGGAAGGGCUCACUACUAGGCUAUCUCUAUAAAUGCCCUCUUGAAUACGUGUUCUCUCCUUUUUCAAAAAAAUGUGAACCAGCAGAACUUUUUCCACUUUGUUUAAAUCCUUAUCCGAAUAUGCAAAUGAAUGCAUCCUCUAAUGGUUUGCAUUUGACUCAUCAUAACAUCUUUUAUAAUUAACUUGAAUUUUUAUAAACUUAGAACAG